GCUAAAGCAGAAUAAAAAUCAGAGGCGACGGGCAAGUCGGAAUAUUAACAUACCUCCCCGCUCGGUUGCCUUUAAAUUGAGCCCAGCCUGUAUCGUCACUUCUACAGUGCAAACUUUUACGAACUCGUAACUCGAAUCUUUAGCCUUAUAGAAACAUGCGUGAAUGUAUUUCAGUACACGUUGGCCAGGCUGGUGUGCAAAUGGGCAAUGCUUGUUGGGAGUUGUACUGCCUGGAACACGGAAUCCAACCCGAUGGCCAGAUGCCGAGCGACAAGACGAUCGGUGGCGGAGACGACUCGUUCAAUACAUUUUUCAGCGAGACCGGCGCUGGGAAGCACGUCCCUAGAGCUGUGUUCGCCGAUCUAGAACCAACUGUCGUAGACGAGGUUAGGACUGGUACCUACCGUCAGCUCUUCCACCCUGAGCAACUAAUCACCGGCAAGGAGGAUGCCGCUAACAACUAUGCUCGCGGGCACUACACUGUUGGAAAAGAGAUGAUUGAUCUGGUGCUGGACAGAAUUCGUAAAUUGGCUGAUCAGUGCACUGGGCUGCAAGGAUUUCUGAUCUUCCAUUCCUUUGGGGGUGGUACGGGAUCAGGUUUCACUUCACUCCUGAUGGAGCGCCUUUCCGUGGAUUAUGGUAAGAAGUCCAAGCUGGAAUUCGCCAUCUACCCAGCCCCUCAGAUCUCCACCGCUGUGGUCGAGCCCUACAACUCUAUUCUGACCACCCACACAACCCUGGAGCACUCUGACUGUGCCUUCAUGGUAGACAACGAGGCCAUCUAUGACAUCUGCCGCCGCAACCUGGACAUCGAGAGACCCACCUACACCAACCUGAACCGUCUGAUUGGUCAGAUUGUGUCCUCAAUCACCGCCUCGCUGCGCUUUGAUGGUGCCUUGAAUGUGGAUCUCACCGAGUUCCAGACCAACUUGGUGCCCUACCCUCGUAUCCAUUUCCCUCUGGCUACCUACGCCCCAGUUAUCUCUGCGGAGAAGGCAUACCACGAACAGCUCACAGUUGCGGAAAUUACGAACGCCUGCUUCGAGCCAGCCAAUCAGAUGGUGAAGUGUGACCCACGUCACGGCAAGUACAUGGCCUGCUGUCUGCUUUUCCGUGGUGACGUGGUUCCCAAAGACGUCAACGCUGCCAUAGCAACCAUCAAAACCAAGAGGACCAUCCAGUUCGUUGACUGGUGCCCCACUGGAUUCAAGGUCGGCAUAAACUACCAGCCACCCACUGUUGUCCCUGGCGGUGACCUGGCCAAGGUGCAGCGUGCCGUGUGCAUGUUGAGCAACACCACAGCCAUCGCCGAGGCCUGGGCUCGUCUGGAUCACAAGUUUGAUCUGAUGUACGCCAAGCGUGCCUUUGUGCACUGGUAUGUGGGUGAGGGUAUGGAGGAAGGAGAGUUCUCCGAGGCUCGUGAGGAUCUGGCAGCCCUUGAGAAGGAUUACGAGGAGGUCGGUGUUGAUAGUGUUGAGGGAGAAGGCGAAGAGGAGGGAGAGGAAUACUAGACACACGAGGGUGUAUAAAUUUGUAACUUUGUCAAAACUGUACCUAUUCAUGUAUGAAGCAUCUUAAAUAAAGCACACAAUGAUAUUGA